UUGAAGCUCUCUUCUUCUCCUUCUUCUUAUUCUUUUCUUCGAUUUCCAUUGUUUCAUCGAAGAACCCUAUCUGCCCUUUCGAUUAUGCUUUCCAUUUCGGCGACGGCGUAACCGACGUCGGGAAUUCGGUUCUUGUUCUUCCUCCCAAGAACAAGAUUCCGCCUCAAUUUUCACCUUAUGGUGUCACGUAUCCGGGAAAACCUAACGGCCGUUGGUCCGAUGGCCUAAUCGACUUCGACUUCUCUGCUCCUUAUCUGGGCUUCCCACACCCGAUACCAUACUUGACGCUAAACCCGGACAACCACACGAGCGAUGGCGAAUCCGUGAUUUUCUCCACCGCUAGAAGCACGGUGCUCGACCGCGCCUACUUGGCGUCGAAAGGAAUCGAAAUCCCAAGCUAUGCUGUUUCAUCUAGUGAACAAAUGGAAUGGUUCAAUCAAUACCUUUUAGCUCAAUGCUCAAGAAAACAAGAUCCAUCUCGUUGUAGCACUGAUAUCAUUCGGAAUUCUCUUUUUAUGACCGGCGGCAUCGAGGCCAACGACAUUGGCUAUGCGCUAAUUCAGGGAAAAUCUAUCGACGAAGUAUAUGAUCUCGUUGCGACACUAAUAACGGAAGAAAUCAACAUGGCAAGGGAGCUCAUCCACAUGGGUGCGACAAAAAUGUUGGUAGUCGGGAGCUCCCCCAUCGGGUGUUUUCCCUACAUGCUCACCGCACGAGCCACCGAGGAUCCAGCGGCUUAUGAUGGUCUAGGUUGUCUGAAAGAUGUCAACGAGGUCAUAUCAGUGAAAAACAAACUUUUGAAGCAAUUUGUCGAAGGUUUGAAAACGGAAUUCCCACAUGUCGGAGUAGAUUUCUCUGAAUUUGGCAACGGCGUGCUGUGGUAUCUUAACAAAAUAAGCCAAGGUCCUCAUAAGAACACGAUGCUGAAGUCGUGCUGCGGGAUUGGAGGGAAGUAUAACUAUGAUGCGAAAAGGUUUUGUGGGAGCAAAGGAGUCCCGGUUUGCUCGAAUCCUAACGACUAUGUGUUUUGGGAUGGAUUGCAUAUUGCUCACAAUGCCGCCUACCGUAUUGUCGAGCACAUUCUCUCCACCGCCGUCCCCACAGUAAUCAAUUGCACACAACCUCCACCGCCUCCGGCCACGGCUACUAUUUGAUCCAAAUAAAAUAUUCUGUUGUUUUCGAUCUUGGGGAUGAUAAUCAUCGUGAUCAAUCUAAACUAUUAGUUUGUCGUUUUUGUUUCAAUUUGAGCCGUGAAUAAA